AUAUUUUUAUUUUGCCUAUUCCUUUUCUUCAAACAUUUUCUCUCUAUAAAUCCCCACGUUGAGCAGAGGAAGCAUCCACAUAUCAUAAUAUCACCCACCUCUGUUUUUCUCUGUCUUUCUCCCUUUUCAUUUCUUUCUAUAACAAUUAUUAAGCAUAAGCUAUUGGUUUAUAAUGACAAACCAGAAUAUGUUAGUUAAGUCACGUGACUCACGUGUGAAUCAUAGGCUUAUGGAGUUAGCAAUGUCAAUUUCAAACUCUAAUGUUUUACCAAGAACAGCUAUGCCUGAAUUGAUGGGUUUACUUGGUGGGCUUUUGGUCCAGCCCAAAAACAAACUCAUUAAACCUUUGGAAGACGGAAGUGGAAAAGGAACAACUAAAGUUAACACAUGGAUUGAUUCCAUGAGAGCUUCAUCUCCUACUCGAGUCAAAAAUAGUUCUGAAAAUCGAGACCAAAGUUAUUGGACUAUUUUCCAUCCUUCGGCGUUGAACAUGUUUAAUCAGAUAAUAUACAAAUCAAAUGAGAAACAAAUUGUAGUGUUUCUUGACUAUGAUGGAACUCUCUCCCCAAUUGUUGCAGAUCCAAAUAGAGCAUACAUGAGCAAAAAGAUGAGAGCGACAUUAAAGAACAUUUCAAGGCAUUUUCCCACAGCCAUCGUUAGUGGAAGGUGCUUAGACAAGCUAUUUAGUUUUGUAAGAUUGGCUGAACUUUACUAUGCUGGAAGCCAUGGCAUGGAUAUCAAGGGACCAACAAAUAGGAGAAGCACUGAGAGAGGUAGUAAUGAUGGGGUACUUUUGCAGCCUGCAAGUGAAUUCUUGCCAAUGAUCAAUGAGGUUUAUAAGAUCUUGGUGGAAAAAACAAAGUCUGUUCCAGGGGCUAUGGUGGAAAAUAACAAAUUUUGUUUGUCUGUGCAUUUUCGCUGCGUUGACGAAAAGAGUUGGGCAACAUUGGCUGAGCAAGUUAGCUUAGUGCUCAAUGAGUACCCAAAGUUGAAACUAACUCAAGGGAGAAAAGUGUUAGAGAUUCGACCAACUAUAAAAUGGGACAAGGGAAGGGCUCUUGAAUUUUUGUUAGAGUCACUUGGAUUUGCAAAUUCUAACAACGUAUUUCCUAUUUAUAUUGGCGAUGAUCGAACUGACGAAGAUGCUUUUAAGGUUUUACGCAAUAAGGGCCAAGGGAUUGGGAUUCUAGUUUCUAAAAUUGCAAAAGAAACCAACGCUUCAUACACUUUGCAAGAUCCAACUGAGGUUGGACAAUUUUUGCGGCAUUUGGUGGAUUGGAAAAGAACAAGUUCUCGUUCCCACAAGUUGUAGAGCUAGAUUCUAAAAUUAUGAGUUUAGGGAUUUGACACCGACCCAUAAUUUGGUCAAGGGGUAGUUCAAAUGACACCCCCUUGUUGAAAAUAGGAAAUAGUAAAUUGAAUGUUCCAUAAUUUUAAUUUUUAGGGACGAAAAAGUCCAAAUAGAUUCUACUUCUCUCUUUUUUGUUUCUUGUUUUAAUGUAUAAUUCUAUAUAUAUUUUUGAUCUUUCACACGUUUGCAUGCGCAUGCGGAUAGUGAAAGACAGAUGUUUUAUGCCUCAUUUGCAAAAUUGCAACGUUAACUUUCUUGCUCUGAAUUGUACUUGUUGUACGUGUGGACAAUGUAAUACUGAAAAUGAAAAUUGCCAAA